GAUCUCCCAACCCCAGCGAAGGGCCCCCUCCAGAAGAGGUCUGCCUGUGCAUCCUCGGAUUCCUCCUCCCACGCCCAUGUUACGAAAAAGAGGAGCCAUGCCAGCCCGUUUCAUUGCUUUUCUCCUCUUGGCGAUUUUGGGCCCAUCUCUCUGGCGCCCAGUCCAGCGUCGCCUCACCGUCCUGGGGGUGCACAGGUACGCACCCUCCAACGAGACCUUCGUUCAGGGACUCCGCACAAUACCUGAUACAAUUCAGUGUGAGGACAUGCACUACUAUAGCCCCGGGAACCUGAUCUUUGCUGCAUGUGAGGAUUCACUGCUCCCCCGUUUUCGAUGGUUCCCGCCGCUAGCUCAUCUAGAGGGAUACCCGGCAUCAACAGGGUCUAUACACAUCAUUGAUCCCCAGACAAUGCUCUCAACCCGUCUCAUUUUUGAGAAUUUCCAAGGCCCGUAUAUCUCGCACGGGAUCGAAGUGCUCCAGGACCCCCACCAGCCAACCGCAGUGUAUAUUUUUGCCGUGAACCACCUGGCGAACCCCGAGUAUGAUCUGGGAAAGAAAGCUCCCAAGGCCCGGUCGCAACUCGAAAUCUUCUAUCAUGUUCUGGGCUCGAAUACAAUCCGGCAUCUCCGGUCUGUUCGCCAUCCGCUCUUAACCACUCCGAAUGAUAUAUACGCGAGGAGUCCGUCCUCGUUCUACGUCACGAAUGACCACUAUUAUCGCGAGGGCGCCAUGCGUUUAGUCGAGGAUAUCGUGCCCUUGGCCAGGUGGUCGAAUGUAGUUCAUAUCCAGCUGGACCGACUCGUUUUGGGAGAAGAUGAUGAUGAUGAUGAUGAUGACGACGACGACGACGCAGGCGUUGAUGCAAUCGUUGCGUUAGCUAACAUGCACAACUGCAACGGGUUCGGGCACGGGAAGUCCCAGGACGAAGUACUCCUGACAGACGCUGUCGGGGGAAGUUUGUAUCGAGCCCAGGUGAACAACGACCACCGCACCCUGUCUAUCGUGGAAGAAAUCCCCAUCGAUAGCACAAUCGACAACCCUAGCUAUUACGAGGAUCCUUACCGAACGCCUGGCCAUGAUGAUGCCAGUGGCUACGUGCUGGCCGGAUUACGCCGAGCUCUUAACUUCCCCGCCACGCACCCUGACCCUGCCGCUAAGGAGGCAGUCAUGGUCUGGCAUAUCCGGCGCCAGAGUUCCACUGCGGACUGGGAAAAGCGCUUGAUCUUUGAGGACGACGGAAUCAACAUCCGGUCUGCUAGUACGGCGGUGUUGGUUCCGAUUGAGCCACAGGACGAGCAUUCCAAGGAGGCAUGGUUAUUUGUGUCUGGGUUUAUUUCUAGCGGUAUCGUUACUGUUAAAGUGAAGCUAUAAUAAUAAUAAUAAUAAUAAUAGUAGUAGUAGUAGUAGUAGUAGUAAUAAUGUAGCAGGGCAGUGGGAUACGAGAGGUUAACGGAUAGAGACAUGACUGAAUUCGUUUAUUUUAUAGACAGAGAGAGAUCGGUAAUGUCUAGUAUAUUCUGAUAUUAUCCGCUGAGAUACUGUCGAAUGUAUAACUAAAUAAAUGCCAAUGAGGAGGAUC